UGUGUGUGAGGGUGCUUGCAUACGAAAAGGUUUGGAAAUUGAUCUAUUUGUUGCUCUGCACAGGCAUUGAUGUUGACAUUUGGUGCCCACAAACUCUGACGGGAAGUAAACAUAUAACUUCGCCGGAAUCCAGCCUUUCAACAAAAAAUAUAUGCACGGGACUAGACCAUCACAACAUCACAAGUCUUCACAACAAGACACACAGAGCCUAGAGAGGUCUAACACCGCACAACUACCGCAAUGGCAACACCACCAGAGACCAAAGCCGAAGCCGAGGCACUGCUACCACGAUUUCAAGUGGACAAAGUCUUGAACCAAGACCAGAGUGGACGGCGGAUAUCUAUUGUGGGCACAAUCGACUUCCAACCAGCUCUGAUCGUAUUAGAACGAGCAGCUCUACCAAUCGAGCCCGACCUUGUCACCGUCAUCCUAGGAACCCUCACCAACACGACCAACCUCGGAGCCAACGACAUCUACCGCUGGUACCUCUCCAACCGAACAUCCUACCCACCCGCCAUCCCCAUCGGCACGACACUGACAUCAACCACAUCAUCAUCACCCGUCCCAACCAUUCCCGACCUAAAACUCAACCUCAUCUAUCCCUGCACAGAGCAACAUAUCCGGAAAUACUCCGCCCAACGAGUCCGGCAAGUCAAGGAGACAUCCACAAUCUACCAACAACACAUCUCUCCGUUCAUUUCACGACAACGACAAUCCGGACGUCUGGAUUGGAUCUACAACAUUCUCGACGGACGCACCGAACAGGAAGACGUGCUGUCGCGAGUUGAUUGGGACUCACCCUCUGAUGACGGGUUUCUCCUCCUACCGGAUCUGAACUGGGAUCGCAAGACCGUCACGGGGAUGCAUUUAUUGGCGUUGCCUCAACGGCGGGAUCUGCACUCACUGCGCUCGUUGAAGAAAUCCCACGUUCCUUGGUUGAAGACUAUGCAUGCUCAUAUCACCGAGGCGGCGACCAAGGUGUUUCCGGGUCAGGUGGAUCAGGAUGAGAUUAAGUGCUAUAUCCACUAUCAGCCGACUUAUUAUCAUUUUCACGUCCACGUCGUCCAUGUCAUGCUUGAGGCGGGGACCACGCAGAGUGUAGGUAAGGCGAUCGGUUUAGGUAGUGUUAUUAGUUGGUUAGAGUCCUUGGGAACGAACGGUCAUGGUGAUGAUGCUGAGACGAGUGAUCCCGGUCUGGAUACUGUUGAUCUCGAGUAUUGGGUCGGCGAAGAGAAUGAUUUGUGGAAGAAAUGCUUUGGCAAGUUGAAGAAUGGUGAAGAGGUUGAUUUGAACAAUUGAUUGGGUUUUAGAGAGACACGAAUUAGAAAAAGUUACGGUAUAGUUAACGAAUCGGUCUGGGCACAACCGCUACAUCCUCAAGAUUAGAACAAGACUGAUAGCCAAACAUGAAUAUAAG